AUGGCAAAAAGACCACUAGGAUUAGGUAAAAAGCAAGCUCAAAAAAAGAAGCAAAAAUUUUUAAAGGAAAAUACACCUGAAGUUAAAUCUACAUCAGAAUCACCAACUCCAACUUCGGAAACUAAGACACCAAGUAAUCAGAUCCAAAUUGAAUUACAAGAUUCUGAAGAUGCUGAUAAUGAGAUCGUCCAAUUGAAUGGGUUAUGGAAGACUUAUUUUGAAUCUGAUAAGGAUGAUGAAAUGUUAUUGAAUGGUAUCAUUCAUGAAUGUGAUAGAAUUUUGCGUUUGAUUAACAAUAAUAAUAAUAAUGAUAAGAGCGAAGAGGCUACCAAAUUAAAGGCAUUGGUGAAUAAAGAUGAUAGAUAUUAUGCCAUCUUUGCCCUUGCUUUAUCUGAAUUGACUAUCUUCAAAAAAGGAAGUGAUGAUGAUGAUGAAAUGGAUAAUGAAGUUAAGCAAUUUUUCGAUUUGGCUUUACAAAGAUGUCAAGAUGGAUUAGAUUGUAUACCUAACUCUCAAUUAUUGAAACUAGUAAUGAGUAAGAUCUUAUUACAGAGGCUACCAUUAGAAUAUAUUUCUAAAUUAAAUGUUAAAAGUAAAGAAUCAAAGGGAAAAUAUUUGAAACUUUAUGAACAAUUUGGUAAAGCUAAGGAAAACUUCUCUAUCUAUAAGAAUGAUUUACCAUUAACUUUAGAAGUGUUGAACUCAACAGAUGAUCUAUUAGAUAUUAUUGAAAAUUUCGGUCAUGAAGACGAUAUUGAAGAGGGUUUAGAUAGUGAUGAUGAUGAAGAAUUGGAACCAAUUACCUUAGCAAAGGAUCAUCCAUUAUAUAAGUUUCAAAAGAAUCAUGAAUCUGAUUUAUCGUGGUUGAAAGAACAAUUGAUUGCUUUAUUCGAUAUAAUGCAUGGCAGUGACAAAUUGAUUCAUCCCGUUGCCCGAAAAAUUGGUGAAUUAUAUAUGAAAUUCGCAGAUAGUCCACGUUCCCAAUAUUUAAAACUUCAAUAUGGUGAUGAUGAAGACGAACAGAACAGUAUAGCUGCUAAAGAUAAAGGUGGUCUUGUUUACGCUGCUCAAAGAGAAGCCAUUGAAUUGGUUGAUAAUAGCUUGAAGUAUUUGAGAAAGGCUCAAGUCAAAGACGAUCCUGAAACAUGGGUUCAAUUAGCAGAAGCAUGCAUUGAAUUUGGUAAUUUGUGCGAUAAUGAAUCUAUAGAGCAAAAAAAAGCAUAUCAAGAAGCUGAAGAAAUCUUAAAGAAAGCCAAUAGAGCUACCAAUGGUAAGUAUCAAGAUAUUUUGGAUAACUUACUAGAUUGA